AUGCGUUCGAUUUUCUUUCUUUUCCUAGCAUUUGCGCUGAUUUGUGUGAUUGUGGCAGACGACAAGGCGCAAGGAGACCAACGCGUACGCCGUGACGACGAUAGGGAGAAGAGAAGCAUGCCUAAGGAUCCCCAAAAAGAUCAACGUGAACGCCGUGACGACGAAAAGGAGAAGAGUGACUUCGACUACGUUCAAAGUGUUCGCGAUUCCCGCGAGAAGAGAGACGACAAGGCGCAAGGAGACCAACGCGUACGCCGUGACGACGAUAGGGAGAAGAGAAGCAUGCCUAAGGAUCCCCAAGGAGAUCAACGUGGACUCCGUGAGAGAGAGAAAAGAGAAGGAUAUGGAUACCGUGUCAUCCGAGAUGAUCCCCGCGAGAAGAGAGAUGACGAUGCCACUGUGUUAAACGCUCACCGCGUUCGUGAUGGCGCCUCUCGUGACAAGAGAGAAGGAUAUGGAUACAAUGUCCGCCGU